UUUACUACUCUCGCGAACUCCAAAGGUGGCCUGUCAACUACAAGUAUGAUGAGAUGAAUUAUUGCAUCAUACGAAAGAGCUCAGCGAGUAAUCGAUGAUAACAAAACUUAGAAAACGUUUUCUUUUACACUCACUCAAUCAUCCGAACCUAAAGAGAAAAUAGUUAGACGAUGAAAUAUCAAGGACAAUUAUGUUCGUUCAAUCACACCCACUGAGUAAUGAUAGAAAUCAGUUUACCCCAAUUAUCGAUGCUUAUCCGAAAGAAAUAUAAGAAGGAUGUGGCAAAUGAAGAGUUCGUGUUGUUGAAGCUGUCUAAAGAGCAAAUUGUGUUCUGCUCGAUUAUCAUAAUGGUUUAUUCGCUUUCAUUUCUUUUCUUCUCUCGAUGUACACAUUGAUUUUGUUUGUAUGACCUCGCUUAAUUCAUUGUCACCUACAUUCUACCAAAUCAAGGCAUAAAUGAAGCAAAUACUAAUAAAUAUAUCGAAAGUAUAUAUCUGUACAAAUAGACCGUUAAAUUAGUUCUCAUGUAUCUUCUCGUUGAAGUUCUCCGAUUAGGAUAUUACACAAUUUUGCUUUUGUUUCUUUAAAUAUUCAUCUAUUUGCAUAAUUGACGUAUGCGGGAGAUAGCGAGAAGAGUAUGAACGUGUCGAUGUGAUGAUUUCUCAGUAAUCAUCAAUAAAAUAUUAUAUUGGAUAAAUUAUCUCUAAUAAAGAGCAGAAGAGAGAAAUGAUUGCCACAUGUUACACAAGAUGUGUAAUAAAGAGACUUGAGAUAAAGUUCAGUUUUCUCAAGAGAACAUUUAAGUUAUUUGAUUGCGAAGAAAAAAGGUUGUCAUGAUUGAUUGAUUGAUUUGUCUUUUUUUUAGAGAGUUACAAUUCAAUAAUUUAUCAAUCAUCCGUAAAGAUGAUCUCAAAUCGCUUCGACAACUACGCAUUCUAAAUCUUCAAGACAAUCAACUCCAUACGAUCGACAGCGAUGCAUUUCGAGAUCUGAUAUCCUUAGAAAAGCUACGUCUUAACGGCAAUAAAUUAAAUCACCUUACUGAUGGCACGUUUGCCUCCCUUAAGCAACUCCAGCGAUUGGAUCUUAGUUCUAAUCGACUACGAGCGAUUAAAAAAGAAACAUUACAAGGUCUUCAAGAAAUUGAUAAUCUACAAUUGGAUCACAAUGAGAUCAGUUGUAUCGAAGCAGAAGCUAUCAAUGGAUUCAAUCGUUUGGAGAUUGUUACAUUAAAUUUCAACAAUUUAACAACUCUACCUAUUUUACCGCUUGCACGACUUAUCGAUUUAAGGGUUUUACGACUUCAUGAUAAUCAAUUUGUGUGUGAUUGUCGUCUUCUCUGGCUUGCUAAAUAUCUCAAAUUACAUCCGUUUCUUGGCCUCAAUGCUCGAUGUCAAGACUCGAAUACUCUCACUUCUAGAGACAUAACAUCGCUAAUCGAUGACGAAAAGCAAUGCAAUAGCAUGGAUAUCGAUGAUAUCGAUUAUACAUGCAAUGUACCUGUAUGCCCAUAUCCGUGUACAUGUUUUAAUGGUGUUGUUGAUUGUAAAGAUAAAGAUCUUACUGAAAUCCCGAGAAAUAUACCAGAUACAACCAUCGAAUUACGUUUGGAAAAGAAUCAAAUCACGGAAGUUCCACCGAAGAUGUUCUCUCAUUUAAAGAAACUUCGACGUUUAGAUAUAAGUAAUAAUUUAAUUGCAACGAUCUAUCCAGAUUCAUUUGCCGGUCUCAAAUCCCUUAAUUCACUUAUUCUCUAUCGAAAUAAUCUCAAAAUGUUACCAUCUGAAGUGUUCAGUGAAUUGAACUCUUUACAGCUUUUAUUACUUAAUGCAAACAAAAUAGUAUGUGUACGCGGAGAUACAUUUCGUGGACUGGAAAAACUCAGUUUACUGUCAUUAUAUGAUAAUCAAUUGAAAACACUUUCGAACGAAACAUUUUUACCUUUAAAAAGUAUUCAAACAUUACAUUUGGCUCGUAAUCCAUUUAUAUGCGAUUGUCAUCUUCGUUGGUUAAAUGCUUAUUUACGCGAGAAACAAAUCGAAACAAGCGGUGUUCGAUGUGCCGGACCACGACGUAUGGCAAAACGAAAAUUCGGUGUCUUAAACGAUCGAAGAUUUCGUUGUCGAAAUCGAAUGGAAUUCGAGCAAACCGCAUAUAGCGCUCAAUGCGGUGUUCAGUGUCCUAAAGGUUGUACAUGUGAUGGAACAGCUGUUAGCUGUCGUGGACUACAAUUACAAGAGAUACCAAGCGAUAUACCACCAUUCACUACAGCACUCCAUCUACAAGAUAAUUUAAUCAAACGAGUCCCACGUGAUGGCAGUUUUCGGCGGUUACGAAGUCUCCGUACACUCGAUUUACGUAACAAUCGUUUGGAAGAAAUCGAUGAUGAUGCUUUCGAUGGAGCUGAAUCACUCAAUGAAUUAUAUUUAAGCGACAAUAACUUAAAUUCAAUAACAUCGAAUACUUUCAACGGUUUGAAAAAUAUUCAGACAUUGAUGCUACGUACGAAUAAGUUAACGUAUAUUAAAAAUGAUACAUUUGUGGAUUUGGAGACAUUGAAAACAUUGUCAUUGCAUGAUAAUCGUAUUAAAUGCAUUGCACCUGGAUCAUUCGAUCGGUUACGAUCGCUGUCAGCAUUGGAUCUUCUAUCCAAUCCAUUCGUAUGCAAUUGUCAUAUGAAAUGGUUGAAAGGCUGGUUAAAACAAAGUAAUAUCGUUACGGAUUAUCCAAAAUGUAUGUCACCAACCAAACUACGGAAUAUUGCAAUUGUCAAUCUAACGGACGAUGAGUUCGUUUGCAGUUCUACUGAAGUCGACGCAUGCGAUGUAUCUUAUCCAAGUUCUUGUCCACAGAACUGCUCGUGCUACAAUCGUGUUGUCCGUUGUUCACAUGCUCAAUUAACAUCGAUACCAUAUGAACAGAUGCCCAUCGAUACUGAAGAAUUGUACUUAGAUGCCAAUGAUAUUAAAGAAAUUCCAUUGGAAUUGACUAAUCGAUUGAUUUAUUUGAUCAGAAUUGAUCUGAGUUACAACAAAUUACGUGUCAUAUCAGCCAAUAUAUUUGCAAAUUUGACACGAUUGGAAACAUUGAUUCUUUCGUACAAUAAAAUUCGUUGUCUAGAAUCUUCGUCGUUCAAAGGAUUGAAAAACCUACGCAUUUUGUCAUUACAUGGAAAUGAGAUUUCAACAAUCCCAGAAGGUUCAUUCAAUGAUCUGACAUCGUUAUCACAUGUUGCACUGGGUGGAAAUCCUCUCUAUUGUGAUUGCCAUCUCGGAUGGUUAUCAUCCUGGAUAAAAACUGAUUACGUCGAACCAGGCAUUGCUCGAUGCACUGGACCACCUCCGAUGGCGAAUAAACUUCUUCUUACGUCUCCGAUAUUUUUCUUUCAAUGUCACAAUGAAAGUGAAUCUCGACUUCAUCGAGGAAAAUGCGAUCCUUGUUUAGCGGAGGAGAAUCGUUGUUUGAAUAAUGGAUCAUGUCGUGCAUUAUCAACCGAAAAGUUCGUAUGUGAUUGUUUACCAGCAUUUCAUGGCGAUCGAUGUGAGAAAGUCAUCGACGCUUGUUUUGAUAAUCCAUGCAAGUCGGAUGGACGAUGUCAAGCACUGCCCGAUGGUCGAUUCAAAUGCCAUUGUCCCGUUGGUUUUACUGGAUAUCGGUGUGAGAUCAAUAUAGAUGAUUGCAUAUCCCAUCGAUGUCAAAAUAAUGCAACAUGUAUUGACAGAAUCAAUGAUUAUUCAUGUGAUUGUGCAGCAUUGUUUACUGGAAAAUAUUGCGAGAUACGAUUAAAUUGGUGCGAAAGAGAUUUAAAUCCAUGUCGAAAUAAUGGGCGAUGCCUACGAACGAGUCAUGGUUAUAGAUGCGAUUGUUUAUCAGGUUGGGGUGGUAUGAAUUGCACGGAUAAUUUGAAUGACUGUUCAAACCAUGCAUGUCAAUUUGGUGUGUGCGUUGACGGUGUCAAUGGUUACACUUGCAGAUGUGACGUCGGAUUUAGUGGUAAACAUUGUGAGAUAGCGCCCCAAUCCAAGUCAUUAUUUCUAAACAAUAUCAAUCAAACGAAAGCAACACGAUGUACAGCGGAUGUUUGUUCAAAUAAUGGCGUUUGCUAUGAAGAAUCAGUGAACAAUCUUCGAUGUCGUUGCUAUCCAGGUUUUAUCGGCGAUCGGUGUGUUAUGCUGAAAAGUGUUCAUUCGAUCACCAAUGAUUCAUAUAUGAAAUUACCUAAACCGAAUGUUUAUCCACGUUCGAAUAUUACUAUUGUAUUUAGCACAACACAUAGUAGCGGAGUUCUCGUUUACUUCGGACAUUUGGGACAUAUGGUUGCAGAGAUUUUCAUGGGAAGAAUACGUGUUAGUUACGAUGUCGGCAAUUCACCAGGUUCGGUUAUGUUUAGCUAUGAUACAGUCAAUGAUGGUAAAAUCCAUGAACUACAAUUGAUUAGUGUAGGACAAAAUUUUAGUUUAACUGUCGAUCGAGGUUACACACGACACAUUAAUAAUCGUGGUCAACGUGCCUAUCUAAAUACAAGCGAAAUCCGUGCUUUGUACAUCGCCGGUAUACCAAAUGAUAUGACCGCGCGAGCUCUACAAUUAUGGCAUAUUCGAGAGGCGACAUCAUUUCAAGGCUGCAUUCAUGCACUUUACGUCAAUGAUGAUCCCGUCAAUUUUGCGAACGUUGAUUAUCGUCAUAAGAUUUUGCCUGGCUGUGAAAAUAAUGACCACGAUCAAUCAACAUGUACAACAGCCACAUGUCUACAUGGUCAAUGCCGUUUAGAAAAUUUCAAUUAUAAAUGUGUUUGUCAUAACGGAUAUACAGGUCCCACAUGCAAUCAACCAAUAUCAACGUCAAUGUCAUUAAGAUUCGCACAUUCAUGUGGCUUAAGUAUUGAAACAGGAUAUUUUAUUGAUCCAUUAACCAAAUGUACAAGUAAUCGACGUUUGCGCAUGUCCAAAUGUACAGGUAUAUGUUCAUCAUCAGCAAAUGGUACACAAUCUACAUGUUGUAAACCAGUUGAACCUAAACGUCGAUUCUUUCGAAUGACAUGUGCGAAUGGUUUCACCUAUCGACAGUCAUUGGAUUUCUUCAAACAAUGUACUUGUUCGAGUACAGCGUGUUGA